ACACAAAUCAUCCAUCUCAAAUAAAGUGUAAGUUACAUUUUAUGACAAGAAACAAUGAAAAACUGAAUAACAACAAUUGAGACGUGCUAGUAUGGAAGUCAAUGAUUCACGCUGCAACACUAUGCACAACAAAAAUAUUUAUAGUGUUUAUCAUUCACUAUAUCAACAAGUACAUGGAUACUGAUGUGUAGAUUGAUUGCAGUGACAGACUGGGGUUAGAUGGGGUGAAUGAGAGCCUGGGGCAACUGAGACUGCUGAGGGACUUUAAGAUACAUUGUGUGUCAUAUACAAUUAGAUCGAGUGGGAGAAACACGGAGAGAGAAAGAGGGCGAGGAUGUGGGCAAUGCCACAAAAUUCAGUAGUUAUACGCUAUGGGGCAUACGAGUCAUGCGGCGUCGUGAAACACAGUACUUUUCGUCUGGAAGGUCUUCAAGCUGCUUUGAAUGAGUCGGGGUAUCAAUGUGUUCUACAGCCAACAUGUGACUGGAACAUGGUGGAGCUGGUAAUCAAUGGAGAGUGUGUCUACACAUGCAACAUCAAGCAACUUGAGUUCGGAGGAGACGGGAAACUAGACCCCCUUUGCAAGAGGGCACUUGCUGCAGUGAAAGAUGCAUACUAAGAGAACCUGAUGCACUGUUUGAUGGGCAGUAAACGUAAUAUGAAGUCUACAAAGAAAGAAGACUCAUUUAAAUUUUGUUAAAUGACAAGCAACACAGCAUUUAUUCUUAAAGGGUCAAUCAGCAAAGGAAGCACGAUGUUAAAACUGUCCUGUGAAAUUAAGUAGUGUAUUUAAUGUCUAGGUAUUUGCUCUAAAGUUACUCUACUGAUGUCUACAGUGAGCAACUGACUUAUCUAUAAACUACCAAGUUUAUGGCCACAAAAUAUGAACCAUAUUUAGUAUCUGGCAUUACAUUUAAAUCAUGCUACCUUUUAAAAUAUUAUUGUCUCAUGUUGCUUAAUCACACAGGUUCAACUGAAAUAUAAUAGCUCAUCUAACAGAAACCACACACCCAUAGAGUAUUUGCAUCACUGUCAAAAGAAAGCUUUCGAUUUGACAGCAUGACAACUAAUAAACCAGACGGAUUUUA